AUCUUAUUACUGUCAAUGUUUUGAUGGAUAUUCUGGUCAGGAUUGCAGCAAUGGUCCACUGUGUAGUAAAAAGUACUGUGAGAACAGAGGCGUGUGCAAACACGUUGGUGAUUCAAACAUAAAAUGUAUGUGUCCUUAUGGUUACAGUGGCAAUAAAUGUGAAAUUCACGAAUUUUUAGACGACGAAGACGAAUGUAAUUUAUCAAAAUACUCAUCGAAAUCUGAUGGCAGUUUAGAUUCAUUCGAGUGCGUGAGUAAAUGUUUGAGUGAACUCAACAAUAUUGAAUUGUGUAGAUGUCAUCAAAACAAUGAAAUAGCACAAGGACGAAUACGUUUUGAAGCAUCACUUCGACUUGGAAAUGCCUCCAUAUAUAAUAUGAAUGAGGAUGGUAUGAAGAGAGUCAACCUACAUUAUGCGGCUUUAUUGGAAAAAUAUAUAAGUCGAUUUCUUCGGAAUGCCAAUAUAAGCAGAAUCAAUGAUUUAGAAAUUUUCAACAAAACGUAA